AUGAGCUACACCGAGCAGGAAUCUGCAGAAGAUAUUGAAGGAACCGAAAGUGACCUGUCAGGGUCAUCAAUAUGGGCGUCACAUGCGGAACAUUCCACUAUAUCAGAAGAGAAGGAUAAUUUCGAUUCAUGUACUAACGAGGGAACUGAUUCAAAUGCGAGUAGUGGAUUCGAAAUUGAAUCGCCUGUUAUCGUUGACCUGCCUUAUUCAUCGGAUGAUGAAGUGGAGGGGGGCAACCGUGAGAGUUCUCAGAGGAGUACUAUGAAAAAUCGUAAGUAUGUCAAAAGGCAAGGCCAAAAACAAUCCCAGGCGGGUGAAGGAAUGAGCGAUAGCUCCAUCAACAGUGAUGAUAUUCUGAAGACCACCUCUUCGGAGGAUGAAAGAGUUAUUGAGCCCUCCCACGUAGAGUCUCAGCAAGAAGUCAGAUGUGAACCAUUCGGAGUUUUCACUGAGAUGCCGAGUCCCGAGCGACCAUUUUUACGGCCCCCAAGUGCCACUGCAAGGGAACUGAUGGAAAUUCACAAAAACUAUCGCCGAGGAGGCAAUCAAGAGUGGCCUGUCCUUCUUCCGCCAAAUUUGGAUGAAGAUUUGCAGAACCUGGAUCACAGCGACCCAAGCAAACGGCCUCGCUACCUACCCUUGGCUCCGCCGUAUCAUUUACUGCCGAACACAUCCUUCUUCAGAAAAACGGCCAUAAAACCUCCUCCCACGUACUGUUCUGAUGGACUACCUCCUCUCAAAAGGAUAAUCAAUCGGUAUUUAGCCAGUAUACUUAUCGAUCACAUGAAAAAUGAAGAGGAACUGCGCAUUUUCAUGCAAGAAAGGAGAAGACACAUUCAAGGAAAGAAUCAAGCAUGUGAAGGACAAUUGAAGGAUGUCGAUGAGUCAAUAACCGAAGGAGAGAAGACAUGUCGAGAAGAGCAGUCGCUGAAUCUACAUCAUCGACAGAAGAGAAAACCCCGUGUUGUUAUCCAACAUCUCUUCUACGGUGGCCAACUCAUUCAUUACAUCCAGGACGGGAACGAACCUCCUCCGAUCCCCGGUUACUUUACCAGCGCCCCUUUGAUACCGAGCAACGUAAGAAUCACUCGCGAACUGAACGGCACUGCCCCAUUGGAGUAUCAGCAGCUGAGAACUAGCCAUGGAUUUCAGUUCGUUCCUUUCGGACAGUCACUCAACGAUGUUGGGGAAGAUCCGGUUAUUGUUAUGGCAGAGCCUUCUACAACGUCUCUAGCCAUGUCCCCUCAGCCCCUCUCACCCCCUCAAUCAGCGGCGGCCUCUGACAUAGACGAGGCCGCAGACGAUGUCGGAGAGGUUCCUGAGUUCAACGUCGUCACUACGGAAAGAUACGCGAGCAUUUCCAUAACACCGAAUGCGUUAAACCUGAAAAUCGCUGAGAGACGAGUAAGUAUAAGUCGAUCUCCACAACAAGGAUAG